CUUGUUGGAGCAGGUGCAUGUAUUGCACAAUAGGCAUCCUUGUCUUUGUAUUCAUCAUAAUAGGAGCCACUGCUGGCAUUCUCUACCUUAUCUUCCAGCCAAAACUUCCAAAUUACUCGGUUGAUAGCUUGAAAAUAAGCGAUCUAAGGCUCAAUUUGGACAUGACUCUAUAUGCUAAAUUUGACGUGAAGAUAACAGCAAAUAACCCAAACAAAAAGAUCGGAAUUCACUACGAGCAAGGUGGCCGGUUGAGCGUGUGGUAUACAAACACGAAGCUUUGCCAAGGGACACUGCCAAAGUUUUACCAAGGUCACCAGAACAAAACACUACUCAACGUGGCCUUGACUGGCCAAACGCAGUACGGAAACACUUUGAUGAAUGCACUGCAACAGCAACAACAAACCGGACGCAUCCCCUUGGAUCUUAAGGUUGAUGCACCCGUAGCAAUCCAACUCGGGAGAUUGAAGCUCAUGAAGGUAUGGAUCUUGGGGGAAUGCUUGUUGGUGGUGGAUAGCUUAACUGCUAAUAACUUGAUUAGCAUUAAAGCUAAUAAUUGUAGCUUUAGAUUGAAGCUUUGAUUGAAUUAAUCCGGCAUCAAGUCUCUGUUUGUCUGUCUACAAUUUUGGAGAUGGGAUGGGACCUGUUUUAAUCCCCUUCCCUUCUCUUUAUUGCAUUUCUU